CCCAGCCCGGGUUAUCCUUCUCUCACGGUGUUUACCCAUCUCCUUUGCCCGUUGAAAGUGUAUUUAAAAUGUUUGUGUAUGUACAUUAUUAUUUAUUUUUUUAGUUCUUUUCUGCGAGACAGCUGUUUGCGCUCGGUCAAUUUGGGACACUGGGCGUCUGUUACAGUUAUAGCACCGAGAGACUCAGUUGCGGAGAUACAUUGGCCCCUGUCUUCGGUGACUACGGCCGGUCUUUCCUACAGGCGACAUAGGCGGUUGCCUAGGGCGCCACUCAGAGGGGGGCGCCAAAAACUGCGCCAUCUCUAUGUGGUAUGGCCAAAAAUAUUGUAUUUAAUUACUCUGACAGUGAUUUAAGUAGUUUCAUUAGAGAAAUCAGUAAAUGACACGGAGCAGUUGCACCCCGUACUGUCAGAUGCAGUCUGGAUGAGGAACUGAAUGCUCCGUGUCGUUCCUGCUGCUGCUUCCAUCUUGUAUUCUACAGGGCAGUAGUGGGUGAGAGUCACCUACGUUAGCUCCUAAAGCCUCGCUUGAUCACCACGGGUGUCAUUGAGACGUGUUGACUGGUAAAACUUAGAAACUCCGCUGGGAAGUGGGGAGAGACACUCGCGCACUAGGUGGGCGGGGCUACAUUCGCCUGUAUAGGUGUUUAUUUUACCUGCACGUCGUCUUGCAGGCGGGUCGCGAUAGUAUAUUGUUUACUUUACAGUGUGUAGUUCAGCUCCGACACACACAGACUCUGUAAUUCAUGAAUUGUUAUUUUGCCUUAUAAAGACCAGUUAUAAGCUAAUGUUCAAUAGGUCUAUAUUGUAAAUGUUUAUAUUUCUUUAUGAGUGAUGAUGUAUAUUAAGAUGUUUGGAGGAAAGAGACACCAUAAUAAUUGAAUGUAUGUUUUAUGCACUUAAAAAUGCAGUUACACUCAAAGAAAUGCUUGUACUUGAAAUUGUGUUUAAUUUGAAUAAGAUGCAGUCUGGAUGUGGAACUGAAUGCUCCGUGUCGUUACUGCUGCUGCAUUCAUGCUGUAUUCUACAGAUAUACUUUGUUGCUGUGGUAUCAAUUUUGGGACCCAUAACAUAUAUCUCCAACCAAUACUUUGACAUUACAAAAAUUGAUCUAACAUUAGGGUAAAAUGAGGCAAAAAUUGAGGUACGAACCUCCUUGGUGUUGUCAGAACAUGCUAGCACAUUGAGGCUUAUGGUUAGAGUGUGUGUGUCCAAGCAACUUCGACGAAGAAAGAAAUAAUUUUAUAAUAAGUUUUCGUGUGUGGGGGGGGGCGCCAGGAGUGAAGCUUGCCUAGAGCGCCAAAUGUGCUAGGGCCGGCCCUGACUACAACUUAUCCUUCCCUCUCUCUGUUUCCUAUCACUAUGUGUAUCAGACUAAAUGCAAUAUAAUUAAACCAAUGUAAGUAUAUUUUUUCAUAAUUUGAAUAUUUAUUUAAGGCAUAAAUAAAAAGCGUGCCUGUAUGUGCAGGACGAAGAGGGAUUGUAAUAAAUCCUUAAGUUUGUAUUUAUUUUCUUAAUUUCUUAAUUUACUCUUUAACAUAACUUUAUUAUUUAUUAUUACUUUACUAUAUUAUGUGGCACUCCUCACCACGUGGAAUAAAUGAAUCACCUGUGGUUAUGUCCUCCUUGUUAGCCUUAAAUCAUCUCUCUUAAUCAAAGUCCUCACGCCUCAGAGCCGAGCCACCAAACCUCCCCGACAGCUCCCCUCUGCAGCACAUUGGUGAACUGACCAAGUGACUGGCUCUCUUCAAAAUACUUUAGAGAUCAGCUUCCAUUUGUCGCCAACUGAUUGUAUGACCUUAGCCGGACGAUAAUUGUUCUCUGCUUAACCUUUUGAUGAAAAAGGUUGUCCUAUGAGGGAAUUAGCGACUUGUCACAGACGGUAAACGUGUGUUCAUCUUUUGUGUACAGGUUGUCCUCUGUGUCUCUGUCUUUAAAAGCUCAUAUCAAGAUAACAUCUACUCAAUAUUACCUUGUGGCCUCGUGGUUUUUGUUUAAAUUGUGCACACAUUUUUUUGAACGUUCGAUUCCUAGUUUGAUCUUAAUACCUUGGUUCUUACUCUGCUUGUGAACUUUGAUGGAUGAGAGAUGAUCUGUUCCACAGAACUGAUCUCUGAGGUGACGUGGGACAUAAAAGGGAAAUCUUUCAUAUUAAGAUUCAGAGGAGAGCUACUACAGAGAAAAUAAGAGGUAGCAGGCAUUUUUUAAGGAUCUCGCUGUUGGUCUUCUCACUCUCUUCCUUUCCCUUUCUGUGAAAGAUGACACCUUUGUGUCUGGACACUGCAAGGUCAAAUUUCAUUGGCUCUCAGCGUCAACCUGAAGUUUCAUGUGUUAACGUGCACGAAGGCACACACAUGUGCUGGCUGGUUGUGAAAGCUGCCACCUUUGUUUAUUGUCAAUGACAAUUGCAGCAGACAAUUAUGUCUCUUCACAUCCACAUAACUACAGGGGGGGAAGACGGUGAUGUGGCAAACUCUUGGUUGGAACAAGGGUCGUUCUGAACGGAAAAGUACUGAGAGGAGCAGGAAUGUGUGAGGAAAGGUGAAAUUAUUUACCCUUUUUUAACUCCAACAGUCUAAAGGAACCUCAAAAAACUUUCUUGACCGUCUUUGACACCAUCCUGUCUAUUGCUAACUGUGCAAGGCACAUUCAUUGCAUUACAUUGAUUAUUUUAAUGAUUAAAUCCAUGAUUAAAUAAACUGAUUAUAGGAUUAUACCACCACACCCUGACAGCACCAGUGCCAGUAAAAUUUUUUUUGUUGUCAAUGCUUUUUGCCAUUUGUUCUUAUCAUCUUCAUAUAAUACGAUUGCAUGGAUGAACAUUGAAAGCUUACAGGGUCUAGAUGACUUUAUUUGUACAUGGGAUUGGUUUUUCAUCACCUUGUUUAUGGUCUGCUUGUUGAGAUCUUUCUCAGAAUGUUUAUUUUUCCUUUGGUUUUCACCGCAAAAACACCCCCUGAUAAUGCAUCUUCACAGGGAAAUCAGAAGAACAUGUUUUCUAUGCUUUUAUAAAAAUGAUUGUCAGCAGACUUUACUGCCUUAGGAAAUAACACAUUGUGAAAAUUGUCAAUGCCAAUGGCACAGAUCUCAAAGUAAAAAUAAACAUUCAGAUAUAUAUAGAAAAGUGGGUCCUACCCCCUUUGAGAGGUCCAUUUCCAAAUGUGCCUGCAUUGUGUUGAUGAUUGAGUCGUGUGACAAGAGUUAUGGAAAGUUACCAGGUGCUGAGUAAGCAAGCUGCGUAAGUGACAUGUACACACACACCCACACACAUACAGAGCAGCUUGUGAGGGAUCUCCCAGCCAUUCAGAGAAUAUUUAAAGAAGGUAAGGCAACAGCGAAAACGAAAGAAAAUAAAUCGUAGUUUAUUUAUACUUACAACCUUAUAUGUCAUUAUUCAAUUAAUUUUAUUUGUAUAGCACCAAAUCACAGCAUCUGUUUUCUCAAGUUAAGGGAUAAUGCUGGAAGUGUGUUUAAUAGCAUAAGUUCGAGACUGACUGUUAUAGAGAGAAACCUUAGACCAUAGAGAAUACAACUCUUAACUGGUAGCUGGUUCUAUACUCAAUUGAUAGGAAUUAAUGAUUCCCAUUUGCGAAGUCUUAUGAACGGAGGAUUAAGGCUAGGCUUCAUGGGUAACAAUGUUAGAACCAUAAAAACAUAUAUAUAAUGAUAAUUUUCACCAGAUAUGUCGAAACAUUAUUUCUUUAAGCUGUCAAGACUCCGAGUCGUGGCUUUGUCAAAGUUGAAGACAGCAGAAUAAAAAUAUGCCUUUCUCCUGUGUUGCAUUUGGACCAGAGUCGGUAACACGAGCACAUGCUGCCUCACUGAGGAAAGGCAGAUAAACCGCAUUCUCCAGCAAGAUCCUUAAGGACAUCAAACGCAUCGCACUGAAAGAAGAGGGCCAAGUGUGUGUAGUGAGGGAGGGGGCCUAUAAGGGAGUUUUUUCAACUCCAAAAUAGGUCAACAAGCGUGCACAUCUUGAUAGAGGGACCCCGGAUCUCUCCCUGCUCUGGAAUAUCUUGCAUACUGUACAAAGAGGAGAGAGGGGCUAACUAAACUAGUCUAGGCCGUGCCAACCCUGUGUAGUUAUAACCUACGUCCAAUUUACAUAAAGGCUUAAGAAAGGCUGACACAAACUGAAACUCACUAAUAUUAUAAAGCUCCACCAAUCAACAUUUAACCAUACCAAUAACUCAACUGACCUCAGAUGCUAUUAAUGUCAAAUGGGUUGCUCCAUUAAGAAACCCGGAGAGAACUAAACUGAACUCAGUGCUGUGAUGGAGCCUCUUUUAGUUCUGGGUUUUCACUACAUUUACUUUACAUUUUAGAGUCAUUGCUUAUGCUUGCCUCAUUUCCUGCAGCACCUGGUACAUGUAUAAAGCCAGAUACCUAAGAACUCACUGAAUUCCAACACACUGAAUAACGACAAAGUUAGCCACUAGGAAGGAGGAAUCAAGCUAUUGGUAAUAUGAAACAUAGAAUGUAUAUAUAGAGGGAUGACACAUCUCCACUUCCUCCUACCUACAUAAAUCAAGCAAAAAUAUCCUGGAUGAAGAUACGGUUACUACGAGCAGUGAAUACACGGAAUUGACCAAACGUUAUUGGUAAAUCCUGCCUCCUCCAUGUUAUGUGGAUUGUAUGUACAUGGACCAAAUUAGAAAGUCAGCCACCAGCCGGCAAUUGAGACCCUUUGGUGUCACCUAUGAAGGGGCAGUCAUAAAGUCCUUCUUCAUACACAGCCUGAUAAGAGUGUGUUGGACAUCAUCCACUACCAGGUGUAUGAAACACCUGGUAGUGUAAACGUCACAUACAUGUGUUUCAACAUGUAACAAUAAAGGUUGGUAGGUUUUAUCCGUAAAUGUGUCAGUUAAGUAAUUAAUUCCUGGCACUGUGUCAAGGCUUCCUCACGUUUCCUUCCCCGUGUUCUUUUGUUUUGCAAGUAGCAAAAUACCCACAGCCUAAAGGGAAAUCUGCCACGUCUGCGGUUGCAUGAAGCCCCGUUAAAAAGUUUUACAAGCCCUUGGAAAGAUUCUCUCAGAAGUUAAUGCUGUUGAUUAUAGUGGUGGCUAGCACCAAUUACUAGAGCAGUUACCUUGCUAAGCAUUGUUGAGGUCUCAGACUCCAUACAUUUUUUGUUUUUUUAUCUCUGAUGAUAUGGGUUUGAGCAGUGUAAUGUCUGGUAUGUAUGGGCUGUAACAGUCUGCGAAAAAACAUACAUAGAUGUUAUGGGCCACAUCAGUGAGCCUCUCAGGCUUUUGUGGAUUUUGGCACAGAGCCCACUCCUCCAGCCCCCGCCCCAGUCCCUUACCCAUUCCUUCCAUACCUUCACAUAAAAACACACACACACAAACACACAUUUACCUCCUACUGGUAUUUCUUUCGCUCCUUUCUUUUCACAAGCGUAUCCUUCUUCUACUCUCUCUAUUCCUUCAUGUGGCUAUACAUGGCUUCUUUCUUUCUCGAGUUUUAUGAAUGGGGCCAGAGCUCUCUGUAUACCAGAUAUCUUUCACCCUGUCGGGCGGGAGCCAUGUCUUGUUUUUUUCACCAUGAAAAGAAAGGCUGUAUUUUAUUACAAAUACAUUUCUGUUUUUAAUAAAGAAAAUGGGGUUCUCUAAGAAACUGCCUUACUGUUAUAUUUAUUUUACUAAAAAAAAGUUGUCCUUCAACUUUCCUGCCCUGCAUUAACACAGUUGAUGGGGUGUACUUGAUAUAAGCCAUGUUGAUGUGCAGAGAAGAGGGGGCAAGUAGGUGCAAAUCAGCAGCUAGAAAUAGACGCUUUUUUUAGGUGCUAAGACUUUUCUGAUAUAUUAAUCCUUUUUUAAGAAACCAUCUGCUCAUCACACAGUAACAGAAUCAAAACACACACAGACAGACACACACACACACACACACACACACACGUACACACUAACUUGGCUCUGAGUUGUGUUUACUUCCCAAUGUAUGGGGUCGAAACUCGUCCCGCCCAACCACUGAAGACGGGGGACAACAUCUGUCCGCCAUCUUUGUCAGUGCUGCCAAGUAUUAUGGGAACAGACACAACAGUAGUUCAAGAUGGCUCUCAAUGUGCCUGGUCUGGCGGUGAUGGCAGUGUUCUACAUUUUAAUCUUGGGCACGGGCAUCUGGGCGUCCCUGCGUUCCAAAAAGGAGGAGAAGAAGUUUAAGGGAGAUGGAAUGGAGAUGACUCUAUUGGCCGGGCGUAACAUCAACUUGCUCGUCGGCAUCUUCACUCUUACAGCUACGUGGGUUGGUGGAGGCUUCAUCCUUGGUAUAGCUGAGGCAACAUACAACCCAACCCUGGGCGCAGUGUGGGCCCUCAUGCCUGUGCCUUAUGUACUGACCUUCUUCUUAGGUGGCUUUUUCUUUGCCAAGCCCAUGAGAGAGAACAAGUAUGUGACAAUGAUGGACCCCUUCCAGCAGAAGUAUGGGAACGUCCUGAGCGUUCUGCUAAUCAUUCCAGCACUGGUGGCUGAUGUCCUUUGGGUGGCCCGCACACUCGUCAGUCUGGGGGGAACUAUGAGCGUGAUCCUGGAUCUGUCCUACGUCUACUCCAUCGUCAUCUCCUCAGUGGUGGCCAUAAUCUACACUCUGCUAGGGGGGCUGUACUCAGUGGCUUACACUGACGUUAUCCAGCUCAUCCUCAUCUUUAUCAGCCUGUGGGUGUGUGUUCCUUUCCUGUUGACCAACCCUCACUCUCUGGACAUCUCACUGACAGCCUACAACCAGACCUUCCAGGCUCCCUGGGUCGGAACGGUGAAGCUUGACGAGGCCGGAAAGUGGUUUGACGACUUCAUGCUGCUGGCUCUGGGGGGUUUGGCCUACCAGGCGUUCUACCAAAGGAUCCUGUCAGCCUCAUCUUACACCCAGGCUCAAGUGACCUGCUUUGCCUCCUCCGCCUUCUGCCUGGUGCUGGGUAUACCCUCUGUGCUGGUGGGAGCUGUGGCUGCAUCUACAGACUGGAACUCAACUGGCUAUGGAUUACCAACCCCAUAUGAGCGUGACCAGGCAGGCUCUAUCCUCCCUAUCGCCCUGCAGUACCUCACGCCCACCUACAUCUCUGUCAUCGGCAUUGGAGCUGUCGCUGCCGCUGUCAUGUCCUCCAUGGACUCAGCUCUUCUAUCCUCCGCCUCAUUGUUGUCUUCAAAUAUUUACAAGAACAUCCUCAGGAAGCAGGCUUCAGACUGUGAGAUGCAGUGGGUGAUCCGUAUCUCAGUGGUGGUGGUGGGUAUGGCUGGCACCGCGCUUACCUUCCUGGACAGCAGCGUCCUGGUCUUCUGGCUCGUGGGUGUGGACAUGUCGUACACAAUCAUGUUCCCUCAGCUAGUCUGCAUCCUCUUCUGCAAGGUGUCUAACGGUUAUGGCGCCAGUGUGGGCUACAUGAUUGCAAUAAUCAUGAGGGUCCUGAGCGGCGAGCCCCUCAUCGGCCUGCCACCCGCAAUCAGGUUCCCCGGCUGUCGGCUGGAUGCCGAAGGAGUCUUAACCCAGUACUUUCCCUUCCGCACCACCAUCAUGGUCAUGUCACUUGUGUCCAUUCUACUGUUCUCCUGGUUGGGGUCCAUCGUUUUCAACAAGGAACUGCUUUCUGAGAAAUGGGAUGUGUUUAGGAUCAAGCGCAAGCAGAAACCUGCGGCCAGAGCCACAGACGACAAGAGGAUCAACUCGGAUAACGAAGAGGCCUCCACGGCAAGGCAGCUUCUGGACACCACCAGCCUCUAAGGAGGCUCACAAAAAUUAAGGUGGGCACCGGGUGGAGGCAGACAUGUUUGUUUGUCAGGUAAGCAAGAGUUCACAGAGGGAACCACGUCAAAGACGGGACAUCGAAUACAGACUCUUUAAAGUAUCUCAGUGAAUUUGUGACAACGACAAAAACAUCAGUGGAGUGUGUCCUCUCUGAUCCCUUACCUAAUCCAUUGUCUCAUGGUAUUCUACGCAGAAAGCAGUCAAAACAGAAAUCCUGGGUAUGUUACACUCGCACACGAGCUAUAACACAGAGCCAAGAUAUUAACAUAGAUAAAGGCCCAAGUAAAAUACGCCCCUGUAAUAGAAGCAGUCCACACACUGAGACCAAAGGCAAAUUCAACCAUAAAACCAUUUAAAUGAAUUUCCAAAAACAAGAUUUUGAGCAAAAUAUUCACAAUAUGCAACAUAUACCUCACCAUUCAUUAGUUAUUCUUAAAUAAAGAUUGAACAACCACACUGAUUGAGACCAGCCUAACACCAAGAAGGGCUCCUCCUUUGAGCGUGAUGGGCUCGCUUUAUGGUCACCCGCACAAGAAAUGGACUCCAUGACUAAGAAAUCAGUCCAGCACAAUAAUGAUAAAUAGUUUACAGAGUAAAAAUCUGCCCUAACCCUAACCCAUCAGAUUCUUCUUUAGUAAGAGAGAGUGAGUUAGACUCAAGUCACGUCUUCUCAGAAAAACAGGAACGCAAGCCACCCUCUCCAUCCUUUAGUAAGGAAUCAUUGAUUAGCUUGACUCAGGUGUGACUGGUAGGAGAAAUGUCUCGUGUUGACGCAAUCAUUGUUCCUGUGUACCUCUCUCUGUGUGAUCCUUUGCAAAUGGUUUGACAAGCAAGACGGGGCUCUCUUUCAGACCUGAACAAAGGAAUGCUCCCCAACGAAAAAGAAUGUGUGCAUACUUGUUUGCACUGUUCCAUGACGCGUCUCUGAAGGACGUUUUUUUUAUUUUCUCUACCGGAUCUUUUACCUUCAGCUGUACUACACAGCAACAGUAAUUAUUCGCAGCAAAUUGGUUAAAAUAAGACCAUUUUGACAUUAACAAUGUUACUCAUAUAAACAAAGUAUCAUUGCUUUGUAACUGUGAUUUUAAUAAAAAUGUAAAUGGACUGGUCACUGAUCACUAAGCUAUGUUUUAUCAUACAUCUUUCCUUAGCACCAGUCCACUGUCCUCUAUAAAUGGAAGGAGAGAGAAAUCAGAGCUUAUAUUAUAUAAAAACUAUAAAUCCAUGUACAUUUUUUGAAGUGAAACGUUUACCUCCAUCUUGGAAAUACUGCUCAGUAAACACAACAUAUUGGAGACAGAUUCUUUUUUUACCGUACUGUGACAACAUUUGAAACCACGGAUGACUUCUGCCCUGUCAAACUGCUCUGAGUUGGGUUGCAGUACAAUGGUGUUUGACUUUGUUGUGGAGGCAACAAUAAAAUCACAAAUGGUAACCAAAAGCUCUCGGACUGAAAAGACACACAAACACUAUUUUAGGUUUGUUCGACUCCCCCUAUUACUAUAUAAUUAAACCCAUUUUGUUGUGAAAAAAGAAACCCAGCAAGCCACACUUACUGUAAGCCCAUUCCCCUCAGCCACGAUUUACCAUCAUUAUAGAAAACUGAAUGUGGAAAGUGAGAGUGUCAGACAUCUUCCUCCUUUUUUUUUUCUAACCGUCCGUCAGUAUGAGCCUUUCAGUUCAGUGGUUCUUGAAUUGUAUAGCUGCUGCUGUUGUUUUGUUGUUUACUUGUAUGCAAAGCUAAAGAUUCUAUCCUUUGAAAUCAAGUUUCACGCAACCUGUUCACUCACAGCUCAAAUACCUCAUGGAACGGUUGGCUUGAAUACAGAUUUCAACCUAUGAUUCUGACUUCUACAUUAUCCUAAGCAUAUCAUAUGAAUGUGAUUUUCCAAAGACUAAUGGCAGAGGACAAACUGUUUGAAAACAUGACGCAUGCAGAACACAACACAUGCGUAUUUUUAUAUUUGUGAUUGGGAUUUCUACCUGUAUUGUAUUCUUGUACAGUCUGAUCAUGAUUUGUUUAUUUACAUUUUUUAUCAAAGUUGAUUGCUAUGCAUUGAGUUGAUGAGAAACAUAAAUGUAUCUUAUCUCGAGUAACCAACUCAAUGUAUUUUUACCUCCACCUGUAAUCUGUGCCGGCGCAAAUUAAAGUAACAGGAAAAAACCUGUUACAUGCCUGUGAGUCUAAGGAAGAAGUGAAUUAGAAUGAAUACCCCUGAUAGGAUAAUGUGUCAAGACAUGAUUUGCUGGAGGAAACUAAGCCCUCCACAAUACAGUGAUAGAUGGCCACGCCUUAAUAGUGGAGCAAAUGUAUGUUAUCUGAGCGUUUUAUUCUUCUUUGAGUAGAAUUGAUUGUAUUUCCCAUUUUAAACUAGUCAAAGGACAUCUAUAAUAGUACUGGACAGUUGUGUUCGUUUUAUAAUAUGAGGUAAGUAGUGAGUUCUACAUUGUUUUUUUCCCCUUAUUUGGAUUUGGUGUUAUACUUUUAUGCAUGUUGUUUGUCAUUAACAGUGUUGUUUGUAAACUGAACUUUCGGGAAGGCUGUUUUCUCUUGCCACUUGGUAAGGUCCUACUUUGUAAUCAAUUAAUGUCAAUCCCCAUGGGGGGAUGUUCUCUCUGAAUAAAAGCUGAAAUCAAGCAACCAUU